GGGGACUAACGGACCCAAUUAAAUAUCUCGGAAUUUUACACGGCCUAAAUGCUUUUUUACUUUUUUUCUUCAUCUUGUUACAAAUUUAGACUUAACUAAGACAGCAGAAACGUCCAAAAUGACAUUAAUGACUAAUAGUGAAAAAAUUAAUGUACGACUGGUAAAUUUAUUCGUAAUUUCCCGAACAAAUUAACUUUCUUAAAUAUGAUAACAUUUUUCGCUUCAAAUUCGUUUGUGGCCUUUCAAACAUGACGGACAAAAAGGAGUUUUGUGACCCCAACAAGGUAGUGAGAGUUUCGUAUUUGAAUUAUACUAUUAAUUUAUUUCAGUGUCUUCAAAAAUACGAAUAUGUAACGAAAUUAACAUCAAAAGAUAUUUGCGACAAGCGGGAUUUAAAAUUAAAAGAAGCGGAAAAAACGAUCGCCAAUAAGGACGUGAUUAUUAAAAUGCUUAAACAACAUGUGAAGAAAUUGGAGGAAUCGUAUAAACAAAAUUUGAAAGAAACUGAAGAUUUUCGGUAUAAAUUUUGCCUUGCGUCUGAACAGGUAAAAAAAUUGCGGUCUUGUCCAAUCAAACAAAAAGAAAAUGACCUCAAAGAACUAAAAUGUGAUUUGUCGAAAUGGAAAGAACAAUGUGACGAAUAUAUUCUUUGUAAAGAUCGAUGUCCUGGUUACAGUUCACGAUGUAGUUUCAUGCAAAAAAUGAAAAAUGUUGAAAAGUUUAUGAAGGCGCAUUAUGAACUUUUGGAAUCUCUUGUUGAUCGGAUAUCUUCCAAUAAUGGUUCUACACAAAUCGAAUGGGAUGCAAUAGAAAAUAUUAAAACAAAUUACAAUAAACAAAUAACGACACUACAAGAAGAAAUCAUCCGUUUGAGAGAAGAAUUAGCGAGAGCUCAAGAAACUGUUUCUGUAAAUGACGAAGAACCAUUUGUUGAGAUAAAAGACAGCAUCUUACAAGCAUACAGGAAGAGCAAUUGUGAAUUACAAAGAAAAGUCAGUCUGUUAAAAGACCAAGUUCCCGGCGGCGCUCCCACCCUGACGUCAGAAGACGAUGAAAGUGAAUGGGGAGAUAAAAGAGUUAGUUUUUCCGCCAAGAACAAUCUAUUAAAUUUUGCCCUCGGCCAAAAAAAUAAUGAAGAACUUCAAGCCAAACUAAAGAAAAAUGUAGAAACCGUAGCUCAAGCCAUUAAAGAAAACGUAAAACCAACAGAAAAUAAAUGUUGCGGGUGUUCCACACAAGAUGUUCAAGUUCAGACUCCUGAAAUUGUAAAAGAAAAAAUAAGCACUAGUUGCAUUAAAAAGAUCGAUGUGAAAAGCGAAAAGUAUGUGGACCAAAGUUCAAUAAAAAACCUUACCUUUACUGAAGAAACAAACAAUGAAAAACUUAUUGCUCCAACAACUACGUAUAGUGACUUUGAUACAAAACCAAAGAAAAUAUCAAUCACUGACCAACCUAGUGUGAUGGAAUGCGAAAAUAAUGAAAAUGAAAGUUUUGAAAGUAUAAGUGCAUCAAGUCUAGAAAAUAAAAGUUUUAAUAGAAUGAAAACUCCUAGCAUGUUCUCAGCAGGAAUAACAGCCGCCGGUAGUAGAGAAAAAAUCAUCGAAAAAAACAAAAAAAGUAAUGAUUCUGACACCGACAGUUCCAAGUGUGAUUCUAAAAGUCUGGAAGAUGAACAAGAAUCAAAAUGUGGUUGUUCGAGUGAACUACUUCCACCUCAAUCAAAUCAAACGUCUAGUCAAAAUAACGAAUUAAAUGAUUUAACCGAGAAACUGAACGAAAUUAGAGACAAAAUUGGUAAUUUGUUAGAAACACAGUCGCAUGCGUGUCAAGAGUUGGAAAUUUUGAAAAACGAAAUGAGUGUUACACGUGACUCGACUCAAACUUGCACUGAAAACAUUACAAAACUGACAGAAACAAUCCAGGAACAGAAAGAAACUUUUCUGAAUAAUUUUCAAGAACAAAAAAUUGUCACUGAUUGUUUGACCGAGAAGAAUGAUAAGAUUCAACACGAACUUUCAGAGCUCAAAUCUAAUGUAGAAAUAUUAUUCCAAAAUAUGGAAGAACUGAGGACUACGUGUAAAGCAGAGAAAAUAAUUGUUGAAGAAUCCAAAUUCGAGGAUUUUGAGAAAGUCGAGAAAGAUACAAUAACUGAUAAAGCAACAGAAGAAUAUGAUAAUUCCAAUGAUUUAAAACCGGAAAAGAAAAUAAAUGUUCCAGAAUCGAAUCAAUUAACAGAAGACGCAAACUUGGAGCAACUCGAGAAUGAAUAUGCCGAUUUGAAGAAACAGUCAGAGGCAAAAGAUGAAAAAAUCAAAUGUAUAAACGCUUUAAUUUCCUACUACAGUAACGCAAGUAAAAAACUGUCAUCAAUGUGCCCUCAACAGCCCCCUGGAGACCUCCAGAAACAAAUCGAUGAUCAUCUGAAAUCGUGCCAAUUCGGAGAUGAUGAAGUCCAUAAUUACAUAGAAAAAGUCAGAGGUGAAAACCUCAAAUUAAAAACAACAAUAAGUUCCGUUAUAGACCACUUGAAUAAAAAAAUUAAUGAAAUCAAAGGCAUCAAAGACGAAAACACUAGUAGUUUUUGCAUGUGCAUCCAACAUCACUUGACUAGUGAAUUUACAAACGAAUGUGGAGGUUAUCAAAGUGAUAUAUCGAGUUUAAGUUGUGGUGCCUGCAUCGACGAUAAGUCCCCAAAAACUAAAUGUAAUGCUGAAUUAGAAAUCGAAGAGAUCUACAAUGUGGUGCGUAACACGUUUGCACCUAGUACAGCUCAAACCAAUGACUCGUCUACUUCUUGUGUGUGUGGUAAAAAUCAAAAAUCUGCGUUUCCUUGUUGUUGCAGUGAUUGUUUUAAAUCAGAAGUCAAUAUUGAAGAUAUUUAUCGCUCCGUUUUGUGUUUAUGUGCAAAUAAGGAUAAAUCUUUAAAAAGCGAGGAACAGUCUACGUCAAAUGAAACGAAGAAAAAUAAUGAAGAAAAGGAUAAAAAUCCCGAUGAUCGUAAUGCUGAAACGGGUAGUAAGGAAAUAUGCAUUCCUGAAACGUGUGGAAAAUCGGUUACGUGUGAUUUUGGUAGUGAUUACUCGUUAAUGAAUGACUUACAAACUUAUGUGAAUUAUUUAUAUCAGCAACUAAAUAUAAUUACAAAUAUUGAGACCCGAAUCGAAGACUUGCGGAAUGACAUUCAGACUCCUUAACUGUAAAUUUGCUAAAUUUUGUUCCCUAACAAUAAAAUACCUACAUCGA